UUGACCGAAUUAUUGAUCAUUGAUUCGAUUUUCGUGGAAAUCAUUUUCGGCAAAAUCCCGGAAAUCCUUUUGAUCCACUCGAAGUUCUUGGAGGGGUUGCGGCACCGGAUGUGCUCGUGGUCGCCUCAAGAGACCACUGUCGGCGAUCUGUUCGCACUGUUCGACGAGAAGAGCGUUUCCUCCGCUUACCUCUCGUUCGUCGACAACUGGUUCGAAGCCAAACAUCUGGUGAAACAGUUGUCGCGCGACAAACCCCUCUUCCAGAAGUUCCUCACCGAACAGUCACGUGAACACCGCUCGAAGCUCUCAUUGGACGAACUCAUGAUUUCCGUCAUUCAAAGAAUUCCUCGUUUCGAGCUUUUGUUGAAACAAUUGCUGAAAAACACGGCGAAAGAGCACAAAGACUACGCGCUUCUCAACAAUGCCUUAAAGAAAAUCCAUUCGUUGGCGCUGUAUAUCAAUCGCGUGAAGAACGACGCCGACGUCAUCUCCCACUCGUCGUCGCUGUCGUCGACGACAACUACGGCGCAGUUGGACGUCAACCAGUCGUCGAUCACAAUCAGCCAAUUGGAGACCAUUUGCGACGGACUGCCGGCGUCGGCGCUCUUGGGCUCAACUCUUCACGAAAUCGCU